UUUCAGGAGAACAGCAUGCACCAGUCUGCUGCAGAAUGUAGUUGAGACAAGUAGAAGGACGAGAGACCAAGCAGAGGAGUUGGAUAAUGUGGAGCAUCAAGUUGUUGGUCCAGGAAUGGUUGACAUGGCUUUGCACGUGUGUCAAGAGUUUCUCAGUGUUUUGGAGCACGGCGACAUUGAUUCAACAGCAGAAACACCACAAUCAGUGAAGGAACAGCAUUGGAUUGAGUUUCUGCAAGACUACUACAUGGUUGUGCAUGAAGGUGCAUCAAUCAGGGGUAGCGGUGUGUUUGUGGAGCGCUGCCAGGCCAUGUUAAUCAGACUGCAGGAAGUUUGCCCUCAGCUUGAUACUGAUGGACUAAACAACAUAUGGAUCAUCAAACCAGGUGCCAAGUCAAGAGGGCGAGGUAUAAUGUGCAUGAAUCGCAUGGAAGAGAUUUUGGCACUCGUGGACAGUGACAGAACCCUGAGUAAGGAGAGCAAGUGGGUUAUUCAGAAAUACCUGGAGCGUCCUCUGUUGGUCCAUGGCACCAAGUUUGACCUCCGCCAGUGGUUCCUGGUCACGGACUGGAACCCCCUGACUAUCUGGUUCUACAGAGAGUGCUACCUGCGGUUCUCCACUCAGCCCUACUCCACAAAAACUCUGGACAACUCAGUCCACCUGUGCAACAACUCCAUCCAGAAGCACUUCCAGCCGUCCUGUGAGCGCCAUCCAGGGGUUCCUGAGGAUAACAUGUGGUCCUGCUCUCAGUUUAAGGCUUUUCUACAGUUGCAGGGCCUUGGGGCAGAGUGGGAGUCAAUUGUGAUCCCGGGCAUGAAGCAAGCGGUGGUCCGUGCCCUGCAGACAUCCCAGGACCUCGUAGAGCCCCGCAAAGCGAGCUUCGAGCUCUAUGGAGCCGACUUUAUGCUGGGCAGAGAUCUGAGGCCUUGGCUUCUGGAGAUCAACGCCAGUCCGACCAUGUCCUGCUCCACCGCUGUGACUGCCCGCCUCUGCCCUGCUGUGCAGCUGGACACACUGAGGGUGGUGCUCGACAGACGCACUGAUCCUAGUGCUUACACAGGAGGAUUUCAGCUAAUAUUCAAACAGGCUGCAGUAGAAGUUCCCCAGUAUGUAGGAGUAAACCUGGUGGUGGAAGGAGCCCCCAUAAGGCGAUCCAGAUCUCUACUUCAUAGACAAACUGUUAUUUCUAAGCCACCGCUCAACAUGCAGCUCCCUCCACACCAGUCCUCAGACGAGGUUGAAACGACACAUAUACCGGUAUCAGGUCAGAGGUCCUGUGCAGUCUCUGCUUUCUGUCUUUCAGGCAAAGAGAACCGAGCUGCUGGAGAGAAAAAGAGGCAGCUGACAUCAACAUCUCCUAAAAGGGAAUGCGAAGGGAGGAAAGAUGUUCAGAAUACCUCCUGUGUUCGCACGUUGGGUCGCAGUCUGGCAAGUCAAAUGCCCCUGGUGGUACACACUGAACCUCAGAGGAAAGCGCGACGGUUGGGUUUGAGUCUUGGUGCCAACGGGGAAACUCUGGUCCCACGAAGCUUCUCCUUUUCCCUCAGCCCCCCUCACAACAUGUCAGAUUGCAAAUCUUGGGCCAACCAAGGCCAUGGAUCACACAUGACUAGAUCUUUUCUUCCACAGACAGCUUUUGAUCCUCAACACAGGACUCCUACCCGGGUGUUUCCUUCCCUCCGCAGUCCCCUUCCUACCCUGGAGGUCUUAAGCUUGCGACCUAACAUAGUGGCUGGAAACACAGCCUGUCGUAUUCCAAACUUGUCCUCUCAUCUCAACGUCCACAGGCCUCAGUUAUUCCUCUGCUCUCGAAGGCAAAGCAUGGCUACAUUUAAAGGGCAGUGCACAGGGGAACAUAAACAUUGAAAUUGAGUGUUUAACAAACAGUUGAAAGUGCUAAAGAAAUGUUGUUAGCAAUAACAGUUAUCAUGCCUAACAAACAACAAAUAAGAUGUAUAUAUAUCACAACAUACUACUGUAUGUGAUCAUUUAAAUUGUUCUUGUGGCUUUAGAUUUUAUUUGUUAAAAGAAACAAGACAAUCAUGUUUCAAGUGAGACAUUUCCCAAUCAUUCUCAGGCUUUCAAUUUACAACAGUAAGGUUCAUAUGAAUAAUUCUACAUUCUUAUAUUAAGAGAAAAGUGUUGAACACUCCAUAUGCUUAAGUGGUAUAUCUGAACUAUGUUGUGGUUUGCCUGACUGGAAAUGUGUAUGAUUUAUGAUUAUGUUGUGUAUCGCUUAUGUAAGAGCGAUACUGGGUGGAAGUUAGUUAUGUAUUAAAACAAACGAACCAAACAAGUUAAUCGAAGUGUCUCCAGUGUAGCAGAUAU